UUCAUUCUGUUAAAGUUAUUUUACGUAUUAUCAUGAUCAUGCAAAUUGUUAUCAAAACUGUAUGAUUUGAUAAACUGAUGAUAGUGUUACAUUAAUUACAAUAAUAAGUGUUUACAAAUUAAGGUUUUAUCAUUUGUACCAUUGCCAAUUUGUUCAUACAUGUUUAUAACUUAAGGUAGAUUGUCUUAUCACAGAUAUUAUAAAUCGAUACACACAUGUCACUAUGUUUAACUAUUUUUGUAAUAUAGGGGUAUUGCAUUACAAUUUUUAGAAAACAGUAAAACGAAAGUAGAAAUUAUUGUGUGAUUUUCGUAUGACUUGGAACAUAGUUUGGAACACAAACUAACAUCUGAUAUCUGAAUAACCGAAAAAUGGCAGGAAAAGACAUCAAAAUAUACCGUAAAAAGUUACUGAAAUUUCUUGUUGCACUGAGAGAUGUUGGCAUUGAAACCAAAUUCCACAUCUAUGAUAUUUUACUAGAUCCACUCAAGACAAGAAACCGUAAAAGUCAAUUUAUUGCUGUUGCUAUUGUUUCUAAAGAUGAAAUUGUAAACGAAAGUUUUUCAGCGUUAAAAGAUUUUACAGAUAACUUACAUAAUAUAGAAGACCCAUCAGUGAUAGUGUCAAAGGUCGUACAUCAUGAUCGCGUAGCGGUUGCAAUGAAUGCUGGUGAAAAAUACUUCUUCGAACAUGGCGAAUGCAGAAUAUUUGAUCCAUACAGACACUGUCUAUUCAAAAUCAUCGAUGAAGAAAUUUCAUCUAAUACAGAAAAGAAGAAGCGCAAGAAAAUAGCAAUAAUUGACAAAGGCGGACGUGGUGUGUUGGAAAAUAUGGAGAACACUUAUAUAAAAACAUUUAAUAAUUUGGAUGAUGCUGUAUUGCUGCUUUUCUCAUUUUAUAUCCCAUGUUCAAUUGACUUUCAUGAUUGCGCAAGAUUACUUCAUGAUUAUGUAAAAGCCUCUGAUCAUGAAAUGGCUAUUGGUUAUGAACAUGUCCACAAUCUUACAGACAAAAGUGUAUCUUUGAAAUGGCUUAACAUGAGAAAUGUAACAUUAUUUUGUAAUUCGGAAGUAGAAAGAGAAAUUAAUUAUCAAGUAUCCCCUUUGAUACGGGAACAAGAUGAAAACUGUUCCCUAGAAUGUGACAACAUGUAUGCUGGCGAUGAAGAUACGUUUGACGACUUUAUUGAUGAUAUUGAUGAUCUUAGGGCCUCAAAACAUUGGAGACAGUUUGAAAAGGGUCUAUGUAGAAAGAUUUUAAAGGAAUAUAAGAACUUUUAUUAAAUAUCUGGAAACCAAUACGCUUACAUAACAUCCAAAGAAAUAACUAAUUACACGCGGACAUGGCUAGUUUUCAAUCAGUGAGUUAAUAGUGUGUGAAACAUAACAACAUUGUUCCAUGGGAAAUGACGGAAAACAUAAUCAUGUUUAAAAUGACAACUGAUGACAUAUGCAAAGUGUAAAUUUACAUUUAACUGGUUAUUAUCAUCGGCUACAUAUUAUAAUUACGUCGAUAUUUUAUUUUUUUUUUUAAGUUAGAACUUAGGAGUAAGGUAUUUCACGAACGCCAUUAUGUUUCAUGAACACCAUCAAAAGUAAAUUCAUUUUAAAUAUUCGGCUAUUCUUAGAAUAUAAACCGAAGACAAAAAGUGAUAAAUCUGUCAUAGAACAAUUAAUGGCACCUUUUUAAAUUGAUACAAGUUAUAUCCUAUGAAGUAAAUGAGUUUUAAAAGUCCAUACUUAGAAGGGAGAAACUAUGAAGGAACUUGUGAUUUGUUUUUGGAAACGGGGCCCUGGUUUUUAUACCAGAUAACGGACUUUCAUCGGUUGAAUUUUGUAUAGUCUGUCUAGUGAAGCUGAAUGUAAUUAUAAUAAUCAUCAUGUAUGUCAAAACGGUAAAAUUUAUAUUAUUUUUGUUUAUAUCAUCGACUCGACUAAAAGGGGGAAAGAUAAAUUAAUUCUUUCGUUGUAAUCUGGAUUUGCAUGCUAGAUUAUUCUCCCUUGCCUGAAACAGAUAUCAAAUAAUGUAAAGUAGGACGAUAUUGUAGUUUAAGUAUAACUUCCUGGUUCAAUUUUGAAUUCUACAUAUUGUGUGGUUGAAAUAUUUCAGGUUAUUAUGUGAAUGCACGUUGGUUUUGUUUAGCUUGAAUAAAAUGCGACCGCUCAUUCAAAUUGAAUCCUGUCCUUGACAAAAAUAUCUUAUCGUACGUCGUAUGCUUUUGUAAAGCGUAAAACUACUAUUGUUUAACUAAACUGGCUUUAACUUACAAAAAUUAAAAAUAUCGUUAAAAGAUAAGCUAAACAUUCUGCAGUACUCUAUUUUAACCCAGUUAAACUAUACUAAAGUUACAAUAGCUUUCAAUUCAGUAUGAAUUGGAAUUUGAUAGGUAUCAAAUAUAAUCGUUUAAACAGGUUUGAUAAGGAUAAAAAUGUUAGAUAAGGAUAAACAGGUUAGAGAAGUAUAAACAGAGUAUAUGCUACUUCCUUUUAUUUUUAAGGCUAAAAAGAAUGCUUUCUUGGAAGAAGUGAAAGUUCAAAAUUGCAUUAUCAUUCGAUACAACGCUGAACUUCUGAAAUUCAACCCCAAUGACUAACACGUUUGCAGGGUUUCGUAUUAACAGAGUUAGAAAGGUUAGAGAGGAGUACUCUCAAACCAGGAAAAUGGAAAGUAGUUUAAUAAUAUAAAAUAAAACAAUAAAAUCAA